CCACAGAUCGCGGUCUCAUCGAACUCAUUCACCGGCAGAUACACAUAUGCAUGUCGCUGUCGCAAUGCUGCACUCGGCGAAGUAUAGCGGUGAGUGAUGCAAUAUCCGCACUAGCGACUUCACCUGUGACUUUGAUGUUCUCUUUGCGUGGGCAAGCAUGAGUGGCGUAAGCAUACAUACUCCUAGUGCGAAAAAGCACAUCAAGAAGGGUGAAUGCUCGCUGCAUGUGGUCUGAUCGAGCGACGGUACAAGUAGAGCAUGGAGGUCAGCAACCUCGAUGCCGAAACCACGGACUCAGCAUGUGAGACAGCAACACCGUCAACGACAACCGUGGACGAGCGAAUAGCUACUGCCAAUUCAGUCUGUAAAAGAUCAGGCAUAGAGCUCGUUCAGCAUAGCCUUCGCACAUCCAAAUAUCGCAGCCGAGAUGCAGCCAUCUUCUGGCGAACCAUGUUUGACCUCGGCAGCGUGCCUAGGACGCCACCAGGUCGUCAAAUCCGAGAUCUACAGGAGGCUUUUGUAGGCUCAUAUUGGUGUUCGCACCUUGUCAAAUCCCAAGCCCAGUAUAUGCGAGUCUAUCACUGGAUGGCGCCACGUAGCCGUGCAAUGAACGCAUCGCGAGAUGCCCUGGUCUUAUUGCACCUUGGUACGCGGCAUUGUGACGACAGGCUUCUCAACGAAGGUCGUACGAGGCAUCUCGCUGCGCUGCGAUGUCUCAGCGAAGAGAUCGAGAAGCCGGGCGCAGCAAGCGACGAUGGGGUCUUGGGUGCCGCCUAUACAAUGGCACAGUGCGAAGUCUAUCGUGUAGUUUCUCACGAAGGCUCGGCGUGGAUGAGUCACAUACCUGGACUUUGCACCAUGUUUGCGCAGCGCGGCGCAAAGCAUCUCAACUCGCCAUUUUCCCAAGCCGUAGCGCAUAACCUACAGCAGGUUGUCGUACGUAACACCUGCUCUUGCUUUGCGAUGCAGUCGGGACUCGAGACUAAUAAAGUGAGCUGUCCUAGGUGAUUUACGGCUUACUGCUCAGAAAGCGGACAUUCUUCACCACGCUGACGUGGCUGAAGCAUGCCCGUCCAAGCAAAAAGCCGGCUGUCAGAUUAACGAACAUUUGCUUGCACAUCUGCGAGCUACUGGAAAGGGCAGACAAGCUCUGUGCGUCGAAGCGCCAUCCCGAACAUGAUGUGAUUGACCUCUUGACCGCACUGACGGACCAUGAGCGACAGCUGCUCAAUUGGCUGUUAGACUUCUAUCGAGACUCGACUAGUGAUGU